AUGGCUCCUACGAUUGACUCGCGUAAUAUUCUACGGCCCGAGACCGUCGAGUCUUUAUAUAUUGCGUUUCAACUUACCGGCGACCGUAUAUAUCGCGAAUGGGGUUGGCAAAUCUUUCAAAGCUUUCAACGAUGGUGUCAAGUUGACAAUGGUGACGGGGGUUAUGCAGGGAUCGAUGAUGUUGACAAUGUUGAUCAUAAACAGAUUGAUCGCAUGGAGACCUUUUGGCUUUCCGAGACUCUCAAGUACCUAUAUUUGCUUUUUGCCCGGCGUAACCAACUUGCAUUCCAUGAUUGGGUCUUCAACACGGAGGCACACCCACUACCUGUGUUUGAACCCUCUUUCUCAACCAAUGUAUAG